GUAAAUUUUUUCAGAUUUAUAAAUGAUUUUCAAAUAAUAUUUUUAAAAUGGCGGAGGAUAAAAAAGAGAAAAAGCCACCGAUAGAUACAGCUAGCUGGUGUUACAGGGAUAAGGAAGAUGAUGUCCACCAUGAUUUUGCCUGGACAAUUACUAAUUUUAGUCGAAAGAUCAAUGGUGUUCCCAAUGGUGAAUACAUUGAGUCAGAUAAAUUCAGUGUAACAGCACAUGGGAUGGAUCUGGAAUGGCAACUUUGUCUCUACCCAGCAGGGAAGGAUGGAGAAGAUGAAGACCAUGUUAGUAUUCUACUAGAGCUAGUGUCCAGAUCACUGACUGCUACAUUUUCUGGAAAGAUUGAAUUCAGCGUUGUUUCUGAUUCUGGGGAGAAGGUUUUUAGGAAGAAAAAAUCUAUUAAGGAAUCUGAUACACAGAUUGGUAGACCCAUGUUUGGACUUUUAGCUGCUAAAUUCAUACCACACGGAUUACUAAAGCUGGAUGGAUCUUCACAAAACCAAAUAACUCCAGAUGAUAAACUAACUGUUCUCUGUGAAAUAACAAUAGACGGGAAGGACAUUCAACAGUCUGGGAAAGUCCAGGCUGAUACUAAGAUGUCUGCUCGAGUGUGUUUGGAAAAACUAUCUAUGGAUUUCUCCAAGUUAAUGGAGGAAGGACAAUUCAGUGAUGUAACAAUAGUUUGUUUGGAUGACAAAACAGAAGUUAAAAUACAGGCACAUAAAUGCGUUCUUGGGGCCAGGUCUCCUGUUUUCAACGCUAUGUUCCACCACAAUAUGGCUGAAAGCCAAAACAAAGAAGUAAAAAUAGUUGAUCUUAAUCUAACAACCGUUAAAGAUAUGCUGAAAUAUAUGUAUCUGGGACGAAUAGAAGAUUUAAAUACAAGAUCUCCAAACCUACUGGAAGCCGCUGACAAAUAUCAACUCUCUGAACUUAAAGAAAUCUGUGAGGAAACCCUGUGUGGGAAUUUAAAUGUAGAGAAUAGCUUGGAAUGUUUAGUUUUAGCUGAUCUUCAUAGUGCUCAGGAAUUAAAAGAAGCAUCAGUUAAAUUUAUUGUAGACCACUGUGCCGAUUUUGUAGAUCAGAUUGAUAAGUUUAAAGAGUACCCAGAUCUGAUUGCCGAGCUAUUUAAGGCGAUGGCAAGGAGUCCUCCCUGCAAACGAAGAAAAUAGCUUUAUUGCUCCAAAUAUUGGGAUACGGAAAUUAAGUCUCUCGACCUGGAUCUGGAAACUAAGUCUCUUGAUCUGGAUCCGGAAACUAAGUCUCUUGAUCUGGAUCCGGAAACUAAGUCUCUUGAUCUGGAUCCGGAAACUAAGUCUCUUGAUCUGGAUCCGAAAACUAAGUCUCUUGACCUGGAUCCGGAAACUAAGUCUCUUGAUCUGGAUCCGGAAACUAAGUCUCUCAACUUGGAUCCGGAAACUAAGUUUCUUGAUCUGGAUCCGGAAACUAAGUCUCUCAACCUGGAUCCGGAAAUUAAGUCUCUCGACCUGGAUCCGGAAACUAAGUCUCUCGACCUGGAUCCGGAAACUAAGUCUCUUGAUCUGGAUCCGGAAACUAAGUCUCUCAACCUGGAUCCGGAAACUAAGUCUCUUGAUCCGGAAAUUAAGUCUCUCGAUCUUGAUCCGGAAACUAAGUCUUUUGAUCUGGAUCCGGAAACUAAGUCUUUUGAUCUGGAUCCGGAAACUAAGUCUCUCGACCUGGAUCCGGAAACUAAGUCUCUCGACCUGGAUCCGGAAAUGCUAAACCAACUUUCAAAAUCCGGGUUUGUGAGACCGCUUUUCUGGAUCCGGAUACAAGUCAUAAGUUUUCGAAUCCGGAUCCGCUAUACUGGGUCCCUGGAUAAAGACGACAAGACCGGAUAUUUACAAAAUCCGAUCAUUAAAUAAUCUUUUUUAAAUGAACAUAUUUUUCCAACAGGUUAAAAUCAUUAGUACAGGAACUGUAAGCGUAAAUUUUCA